CAGGAUUGUGCAUGUUUUACAGUAAAACAUUAUAGUAACUACUGAAGAAAUAGACUAGAACAUGGCCUCCUUUGCCAGCACUCUACAUCAACAAAUCCCCAUGAUAAAGAAGGACCUGACUUCGGAAUGUAUAGAUCUGUCCUUAUUCCUGAGCUUUAGCAUCAUUGGAAGGUCUGGAAGCUGGAAGGUCCAAGAUCAAGGUGCUAGCUGAUUUGGUUCCUGGUAGGGGCUCACUUCCUGGCUUGCAGAUGGCCACUUUCUCCACCUCUCACAUGGUGGAGAAGAAGUGGACAGGCAAAUCACAGGAAACUCAGACUAUUACCAUGUGUGGCACCACUAUUUGGGUGACAGCUCUAUUUGGAAAUGAUGGUUCAUGAACAGAUUGCAGCUAAAUGGAAGAUUUUUUUAAAAGGCCUAAUUUGGGACUCUAGCCUGAUAACUUUCGUGGAAUAAGAGAAAUUGGAUGAACCUGCGGGAUGCUGAAACAGGGAAGAUACUCUGGCAAGGAACAGAAGACCUGUCAGUCCCUGGAGUGGAGCAUGAAGCCCGUGUUCCCAAGAAAAUUCUCAAAUGCAAGGCAGUAUCUCGAGAAUUGAACUUCUCUUCAGCAGAGCAAAUGGAAAAAUUCCGCCUGGAACAAAAAGUUUACUUCAAAGGACAAUGCCUAGAAGAAUGGUUCUUCGAGUUUGGCUUUGUGAUCCCUAACUCCACAAAUACCUGGCAAUCCCUGAUAGAGGCAGCGCCUGAGUCCCAGAUGAUGCCUGCCAGUGUGCUAACUGGGAAUGUUAUCAUAGAGACAAAGUUUUUUGACGACGAUCUUCUCGUAAGCACAUCCAGAGUGAGACUUUUCUACGUUUAAGAGAAGAAUGUAUGUGCAUUUCAAGAAUUUGUGUUUUGGGGGGAAGGAGGAAACUGUUUACUUUUUUUCUCCACACAUUUGAUUUUUGACACUUCCGCCCCUAAUGCUCUCUACGACAAAACCCACCUGCAGCCACAAGGGGACCAGCUCUGUAUAGGUAACCAGAUGGCUUUUUUCCCUCAAGCAGCCAUCUUCCACUGACCAGACUAACUCCCCACCUCAGACCAGGGCAGAGGGCGUGCCUCGACUCUUUCCCAGGGUAAACUGGGACAAACACACACCAGGAGCCACUGCAGGAGCUGAUGCUGUUCCUGUCACCCUCCCUGCCUCCUCCUUGGGUCCUGCAGGGGACACAUCUUCCUUUGGCCCCUGGCUUUGGAAAAAUUCAUGUUCUUGACCUAUGUUUAGUCUUUUCCUACCGUUUCUAUUUCAUACAUUCUCGUACAUUUAACUUGUAAAAUAGACUGUGAUAUUAUUAUGUAAUGAAUUGAAACAUAUGAAUUAAAAUAUUCCUACAGUCUUUAGCAUGGCA